AAUAAAUAAAUAUUAUAAUAUAAAUAAAUUAUUGAUAUUCAUUUGAUCUCUAUCAAGAUUUAAGAUAAUUAAACGUGAUUUCAUGUUCAUAUAUUAUUAUACUUUAAACAUUCGCUUCCACGAGUUUCAUCACCAUAACUGCUUAACACGAUCAAAGACACACAAGUAAAAAUUCGAAAAUUUUCUGGGGUGUGGGCCCCAUUUUGGAGAUUUGUUUUUGAAUUUUGUUUUAUUGAAAAAAAUCGUUUUUGUUCUCUUGUCUCCUCUCUCGUCCUCCUGCAAAGUGCAAACUUGUCGAGUUCAUUCUUAUUUCAGCUCAUUCAUAAAAUACUUGUUUAAUUCUCCAUUCUCACUUUUUCAGUUCCUGUAUUUCAAAGAUUUUAAAAUCUUCUUUUCUUGAAAAUUGGUUAUCUAUCUGUGCUAAUAAUAAUAAUAAUAAUAUUCUUUGGGAGUAGUUUGAGGUCAAGAUUACUUGUUCUGCGGAUUUGUUUUAACAGUAAGUUAUCAUCAAACCAUUCCUUUUCUUCUUUCUUUACUUUCUUUGAAUUGCUUUCUUGAUUUUCUCUGUCUUCGUUGAGUUUACUUGACUUAAUCACAUGUCAUUUGCAAUUCUUGAUUAUGGGGGCUGAAAGGGUAUCAAAUGUAAUGCAUAUGCCAUAAUUGUGUUGGGCAAAGCCAAUUAAGAGCAGGAAAACGAACAUAAACUUAGGGGCAAUCUGUUCAAUGUUGCCAUCUUUUUAAUCGAAAAUGCGAUAAAUACUGUGUUUAUAUAUCGGAUUCGAGGUUACAAUGCCAUCAAUCGUUCCUACGGCUUCAUUAAGAAGCAGCGACAGUUCUGUAUCGAGUUGCAGUGAUAUCUCGGUUGAUGCAAACUUCUGUACCCGGGAAUAUAUGGAAAACAUCAGUACAGACAGCACACUAGAAGAUUCCGAUUCUUUACUAAAACAGCAUCUUAAUGACUCAAACUUAGAAGUUAGACAAGUCAAUAACAAUGUGAGAAGAGUGGAUUCAUCGGUUACGAGAUACGAGGCAUCUCUCACAAAUAAUGAAGUGGACUCUGAAUUUUGGCUUCCAUCAGAACCAGAAGACCAGGAGGAUGAUGUCAUCAUAGAUAGUGUUGUAAAUUUUAAAGAGGAAAAGCUUAAAAGAGCAAUGAACAAUAUUAGGAAUGAGAAAUUUACGGGCCUUGUUAGUCAACUGGUUAAGUCCGCGGGUGUUAAUUCUUCGGGAAAUAGUGAUGAGAAUUGGGUGGAUAUAGUGACUUCUUUAUCCUGGGAGGCUGCUAAUUUUGUGAAGCUCGACACAAAUGAGAUGAAGGCAAUGGAUUGUGAUGGAUAUGUGAAGGUUAAAUGCAUUGCAACUGGUUUGCGUACUCAAAGUCGACUUAUCAAAGGGCUAGUCUUCAAAAAGCACGCGGCUGACAAACGUAUGCCAAAAAAGUACGAGAAUCCGACACUGCUGUUGAUACAUGGUUCCCUAGAUCUUUCUUCUGGUGGGUUAUCUUCAUCCGAAUCAAUGCAACAGGAGAAGAAUAAAUUGAAGUCUACACUUGAGAUGAUAGAGAAGUACCAACCAAAUGUUGUUCUCGUUGAGAAAUCAGUUUCUUGUGAUAUACAAGACUCGAUUCUUUCGAAAGGAAUGACAUUAGUCUUCGAUAUGAAUCUCCACCGAUUAGAGAGAGUUGCUCGUUGCAUUGGUUUUGCAAUAGGUCCGAAACUUUGGCAGUGCGAUUCCUUUCGUAUUGAAAAAUUCGUGGAAGAACAUGAUGUUUCUCAUGUGUGCGGAAAAAAGCCGAGUAAAACUUUGAUGUUCCUUGAGGGAUGUUCUUCACAGCUUGGAUGUACAAUUGUGCUGAUGGGAGCUAACAGUGAUGAGUUGAAAAGGAUUAAACGUGUUAUCCGACGUGCAGUUGUGAUGGCAUAUCAUUUGAUGCUGGAGACUUAUUUCCUUUUAGAUCAGAGUGCAAUGUUCUCCACAAUUUCUCCUGCUGAUGUGGCGCUAACCGUUAAACAGUUGACACUUAUUCCUACUGAUGAGACAACCCUUUCUUCGGGCUACAAGGACUCCGAUACAGAAAUGCACACGCCAUUCAUAAUUGAUAUUCCCAUUUCGGAUGGCUUCCAUCAAAACGAGUCAGAAAACUUAAAUUUUCCUAUUUUUUCCGACUUUUCUGAGAGUUCCCCAGUACUAGACUCGGAGAGUAUUUUAGUUUUGAUGUCGAGACGAAAUGCUUCAAAAGGCAUCGUAUGUAAAAAGAGUCGUUUUUCUCACAUUAAGUUUUACCGGAGUUUCGAUGUUCCUCUUGGAAACUUUUUGCAGGAUAAUUUGCUCAAUCAGAAAAUCCAGUGCAAGACUUGUAACGAAACACCUGAGGCACACAUUUCCUACUAUGUACAUCAUAAUAAGCAACUCAAAAUCCAAGUCAGAAAUAUGUCUGCAAGAAAAACUUUGCCUGGGGGAAAUGAAGGGAAAAUUUGGAUGUGGAGCCGUUGUGGUCGGUGUAAAUCAAACUGUACAAGAAGGGUAUUAAUGUCCGGUGAUGCAUGCAGUUUAUCAUUUGGCAAGUUUUUGGAACUCAGUUUUUCGAAUCACUCUUCGUUCAACAAUCCAUCAAGCUGUGGGUAUGGGAAACUUAGGCACUGCAAUUUCCUCUACUACUUUGGGUUGGGUCCCAUGGUUGCAAUGUUUGAGUACUCACCGGUUGAGACUUAUUCUGUAUCUCUGCCAUCUCAGCAGAUGGAGUUUCGCGGUUCAGUCGGAGGAGACUUUCUUAAGAAAGAUUAUAAGAAUGUGUAUUCGAAAGGGAUUUCAGUGUUCAUUGAUAUUAAAAAAUCUUUGGAGCAAAUAGCAUCUCGAUACGUGGGGGUAACUCUGAACAUUCAGGGGUCAAGCAAGAAAUUUUCCGAUAUUUUGCAGAUGCUCGAGCAGGAAAAAUCUCGAUUUGAGGUCAACAUUCAAGAUGCUGUUAAGAAUGAAAGAGAAUAUAAUGCUGCAUGUAAACUUCUAAGAUUGAACAGAAUCCGGUUGGAACUUCUACUCGAAUCAUGUAUAUGGGAUCGAAGACUCAGCGCACUGCUCUCAUCCAAUGUUAAGGUAAUUGAUACUAAUUCAAUCGGCUCACACGCGCAAGAAAACCUAAAUGGAACUCCGGAAGAAGAAUGUCGUGAGAUUCAAAUUGAUGGACAAGUUGAAGAAUCUACAGGAGAUAAUACCUUGUUAUCUAACUUCGAAAACGGUGAAAAUUUGAUGUGGGCCCCAUUUUCCGACAUUUUACAUAAAUGCAUGGAGGAUCUUGAGAGAGGAUACUUGCCAAAAAUCGAGUCUUUUAGUAGCUACGCUGCAGAAUCUACUGCUCAGAAAUUGAUUACAGAUGAGGGUUCGAAGCUGCACAUUCCUCUCGGUAGCAAUGAAUAUAUCGUGUCUGAUUAUGAAGAUGAAUUAUGUAGCAUAAUAGCUUGUGCACUUACACUGUUGAAGGAUAAUCUUGAUGAGGGUUCUGCUCGAAAAGAAAGAGGAACAGGUUUUAAGAGGCUGAAACGUGUAUUUUCUUUGAUCGAUGAUGCCAACUUGGAAUCGUCGAUUUUCCAAGACUCGGAUAUGUUGGAUUCGUUGAUUUCGUAUAGUGCUGGUAGCCACAGAGAAGUUUCUAUGGGUUUGAGAGCAUAUCAAGGAAAACGUAAAUACUCCGUUGUGUGUGUGUUCGCCAGCCAGUUUUUUCGGUUGAGAAAUUGGUGCUGCCCUUCUGAAUUCGACUAUAUUGUUUCUUUAAGCCGUUGUAGAAACUGGGAUGCGAAAGGUGGAAAAAGUAAAUCAUUCUUUGCAAAAACACUAGACGAUCGUUUUAUCAUCAAGGAAAUUCAAAAGAUUGAAUUUGAUUCGUUUGUCAAGUUUGCUGUUAAGUACUUCGAGUACAUGAAUCAGUGCCGUGAGCUGGGAAAUCAAACCUGUCUUGCUAAAAUUCUUGGAAUUUACCAGGUUAUCAUAAGAGCACCAAGAAACGGGAAGGAAACGAGACAUGAUCUACUUGUGAUGGAGAAUCUUUCAUUUGGUCGGAAUAUAUCUAGACAGUAUGAUCUUAAAGGAGCUCUGCACGCUCGAUUUAGUACAGCUGGCGAUAAUUCGGGAGAUGUUCUUUUGGAUCAAAAUUUCGUGAACGAUAUGAAUGUCUCGCCUCUUUAUGUUAGUAGGAAAUCGAAGAGAAAUCUGCAAAGGGCUAUAUACAACGACACUAAUUUCCUCAAUUCGAUCAAUGUGAUGGAUUAUUCUCUACUCGUGGGAGUGGAUACUCAAAGCCGGGAAUUGGGAUGUGGCAUAAUAGACUAUCUGAGGCAGUAUACAUGGGAUAAGCAGCUCGAGAAUUUGGUCAAAUCUUCGCUCAUUGUUCCUAAAAACCAGCAGCCAACUAUUAUCUCUCCAAUUGAGUACAAAAAGAGAUUCAGGAAAUUUAUAGAUACACACUUCUUGAGUGUGCCAGAUCAUUGGUGUUCGCAGAGAUCUUCCAACCUUUGUGGGCUCGCUUUCGAAAAUGGUUCGUUACAUAAGAAGGCUAAAAAACGAUGCAAUGAGGAUGAUGAUUCGUCUCGUUCGGUGUCUCAAAAACAAGGAAAAGAAGGUUCUUCAAAAUCUCCACACCAUGGUAAAGAAAAUGGCUUCUUUAUGGCUGAGUCCAUGAUUAUAUAAAAAGUCAUUGUAUAUAAGUGAUCGCCAGAGUAUAUAAUUUCUGGUGUUCUAUCGUACAUAUAUAUCAUUUUUUUGUAUGUAUACACUGCUGAGUAAUUGUAAAAAUGGGCUUGGUAUUUGAGCAUUUUUUUUUGGUAC